GUGGGCGCCACCGGCGCCACGCACCACGCACAAGGUCCAACCAACUUAACCAUUUCGCAGUGAUUUCCCAGUUUUCGCUAGGCCAGAUUUCGCUCUAGAGUACCGGGAAGCGGUGAUCGAACGGGAUGUCUUCGUAAAGUGAUAGUGCAGUUCGGUAGUGAGAAACUCGAUGCUUUUAAUUUUUUCAAGACUAUGCUGUGUAAAAAACCUAUCGCAACAAACCAUCAUGUUUAUCAUUUUUCGCGUGCUCUUGACUUUGAUACACCUUUUGUACGGUUCGUUUCUGUGGGGUCGUCGCCAAUGGAGGGAAUGGAAAUUAUGGUGCGAUGAACUCUGGCAUGGUAAGGAUUCGAGAUUGGAGGCCGAAGUUCUUAUCAGUUCGAUAAAAGGAGUGGGCAAUUUGCCGAAACACUUGGCCGUCAUCCUCGGUCACGAGGCAGUUUCGUUUCUCGACCUUGUGCGCAUCGUGAGCUGGUGUGUCAUUGCUGGCAUUCCUUACGUCAGCUUCUACGAUCACAAUGGAUUCCUGCGAAAAAGUGAAGAGGUUUUGGAGACAAAACUUGCAGCUUUAAAGCCUGAGCUUAAUGAACAUAUCGCUGUAAGGUCUCAUAAAAAUGGAAUUAACGGUACUAAGCACAAAACAAAAGUUCAGCUUUUGUCCUAUGAAGAUGGGAAAGGUAAAAUAGUCUCUCUAGCUCAGAAUUUAGCGAAAGCCGUUACAAAUGGAGCGCUUCAGUCAAAUGAAAUUAAUAUUGCGCUUCUCGAUGAAAAAUUACAUAGCAAAGGCAUUCCUGAUCCAGAUCUUGCCUUUAUAUGUGGAGAUACCUUUUCCACUUAUGGUUUUCUUCCAUGGCAGAUAAGGAUAACAGAAUUUUUCCUUAUACCGUCACACCACAAUUUACCAGUGACAGACUUUGUCAGACUUUUAAAGAAAUAUAGCAAAUGUGAACAGCGAUAUGGAAAGUGAUCAACCAAUAAAUUAUUAAUAAAUAAUAAUUAAAAAAAAAGUCGGAGGUCUUGGACAACUCGUAUCGAACGUCUCCAACGAAUCAAGACUGAUUCUGAAUUCUAGACAUUUAUCAAGUCGAGAAUCUACCAUUUUAAAAUUACGUGCCUUCCCUUUAAAGCACGUAAUUUCAGAAUCAAACCUUCACUAUACUCUUCCCCACGAUUGCUGAAAAUUAAAUAUGUAUAUCUACAUAAUAUAUGCGUAUAAUCGAAAUAAUCAAAUGAAACUAUAAAUCGACCUAAAAAAAAAAAUUAGAUUUUUUAUGCUAAAGAAUUUUUUUAAAGCAAAUUGAUAUUAUUAUUUUUGCAAGAGAGUAUUUUGACAUGAAUUUCGAGUAAAUUAUUCGACUGACUGCAUUCCUUAGUAAAUAUUUUAUCUUUAAAUAAUGAAUUAUAAAGAGUUUAAUAUUUAUUCUCGUACUGUGAUGAAAGAGAUACAAAAAUCACAGGCGAUAGUUCUAUAAAUGACAGUCAACGUUACUUAAGCUCGAGUUAAGUUUUUUCUAUUUUCAAUAAAUUUUGGAAAAGUUUGAUUGUGAACGAAAUCAAAUUAUGUAACUUAGUAUCAGAGUAGCAAUAGAAAAAAAUGAAAAGAUUGCUUACAAAAAACAAAAUCAGUUUUCCGCAUCUAUAAAUCGGUAUAAAAAAAAUUCUUGUAAUGUAUAUAAAAAAAUGAGAGCAAUCUGAUAACUGAACAAGUGCAAAAGUAAUGAUUUAAGUCUUAUAUCUCGAUUUUGCCCUUCCCAGUCGUAUUAAUUACAGAUUAGACUAGAAGGCAAUUAGUGGAAAACAUGUUUAAGAUAAUGUGUAAAAUCCAUACGGAAUGUAAAAUGUAAAUACCGAAAUGCUAAAGCCAUGUAAAGUAUUUCAAGGAUACUCUGGAUGUGAAGUAAUAUACAUGCUUUGAAAAGUA